AUGCAGCUCUUUGAAGCUGAGAGAAGACUGAGUCCUAGGAGGAGGAAGGAUCCCAGCCUCAGUCCCCCUGAGCUCUACCUCUCCUGCCAGGUGCCCCACCUCAACCAGAAUGCGUGGAACAACCUGGAAAAGUACAGCCGCAGCCUGACCCGCACCUACCAGAAUGUCUACGUCUGCACAGGGCCGCUCUUCCUGCCUAGGACAGAGGCUGAUGGGAAGUCCUAUGUGAAGUACCAGGUGAUCGGCAAGAACCAUGUGGCGGUGCCCACACACUUCUUCAAGGUGCUGAUCCUGGAGGCGGCAGAUGGGCAGAUAGAGCUCCGCUCCUACGUGAUGCCCAACGCACCUGUGGACGAGGCGAUCCCGCUGGAGCGCUUCCUGGUGCCCAUCGAGAGCAUCGAGCGGGCCUCGGGACUGCUUUUCGUGCCCAACAUCCUGGCACGAGCAGGCAGCCUCAAGGCCAUCACGGCGGGCAGGAAGUGAGGGCGCAGCUGCAAGACUGUGGGGGUGGGGGCUGGGCUACAGUAAAGCGGUUAUUUUGGA